AGCUGCCAGACCUCUGCUGGAAAAGUACUGGAGAAAAGGGCACAGGUUCCUGCAGUGCAGCUAAGCCUCCUCAGGUCUGGCAUUGACUGCAACUCAGCUUCUUCACGAUGGUGGGCCCUAAUGGCAGUGAAUCCAGUGCCACGUAUUUCGUUCUAAUAGGCCUCCCUGGAUUGGAAGAAGCUCAGUUUUGGUUGGCUUUCCCUUUAUGCUCCCUUUACCUUAUUGCUGUGCUAGGUAACUUGACAAUCAUCUACAUUGUGUGGACUGAGCACAGCCUACAUGAACCCAUGUAUAUUUUUCUAUGCAUGCUUUCUGGCCUUGACAUCCUGAUCUCUACUUCAUCCAUGCCCAAAAUGAUGGCCAUCUUCUGGUUCAAUUCUACUACCAUCCAGUUUGAUGCUUGUCUGCUACAGAUGUUUGCCAUCCAUUCCCUUUCUGGCAUGGAGUCCACGGUAUUGCUGGCAAUGGCCUUUGACCGCUAUGUGGCAAUCUGCCACCCACUACGCCAUGCCACUGUGUUAACAUUGCCUCGUGUUACCAAGAUUGGAAUGGCUGCCGUAGUACGAGGUGCUGCACUUAUGGCACCUCUGCCUGUCUUCAUCAAACAGCUGCCUUUCUGCCGCUCCAAUAUCCUUUCCCACUCCUACUGCCUACAUCAAGAUGUCAUGAAGCUGGCCUGUGCUGACAUCCAUGUCAAUGUCAUCUACGGCCUCAUCGUUAUCAUCUCUGCCAUUGGCCUGGACUCAGUUCUCAUCUCCUUAUCAUAUCUGCUUAUCCUCAAGACUGUGUUGGGCUUGACACGUGAAGCCCAGACGAAGGCAUUUGGCACUUGUGUCUCUCAUGUGUGUGCUGUUUUCAUAUUCUAUGUGCCGUUCAUUGGAUUAUCUAUGGUGCACCGCUUUGGCAAGCGGCAGGACUCCCUCCUGCCCGUCAUCAUGGCCAACACCUACCUCCUUGUCCCUCCUGUGCUCAACCCUAUUGUCUAUGGAGUGAAGACAAAGGAGAUCCGGCAGCGCAUCCUUCGUCUUUUCCAUGUGACAACCCUGACUUCAGAUCCCUAGGUGUCAGUGAUAAAACUUAUUUUUCACUCAAAGUUCUUUAAUGCAGAUUUUAAUAUCAAUAUUUUGGGAGACAAUAUUAGGAACAAAACAUGUUCCUUAAUAAAAACACAGCUGGUCCUUCAAAGAUGAAACUGGUGGGAACAUCUGUGGAUAGGGGCAGCAGAACAGUAUACUCCCAAUCCCCAUUUUUUGAAUAUUAUUUUUCCCUCUAGUUAUUUUCUAUAUGUAAUUAUUAAAAUCUUGAGGUGGUUGUAGUUGUAGGAUUAUUAUUUCCCAUUUAACCAUCCAGUCCAAUUCUCUAAACUGCUUGUACUAGUCCACAGCAUUCUAAGGUAAGGGUGCCACAUCGAAGGCAUUUUUACCAAAGGCUUAAGCAUGGCAAAAGUGAAAUAAACUCAAGAAUACAAUACAAUCAGAUACUUUGGCUUAAAACUAUAAUUUUUUUUCUCCCCAGAAACC